AAAAUUUUCAAAAUAUAUAAUUGAAUUGAAAACAUGUGCGGAAUAUUUGCUGUUUAUAAUUAUGCGGGAGAAGUCACGGCAUUUAGACCCCGAGCUCUAUAUCUAUCGAAAAAAAUUAGACACCGGGGACCCGAUUGGUCGGGAUGUAUAACAACGGGAAAUCAUAUUUUUUGUCACGAAAGACUGGCCAUCGUUGGUGUCGAUUCUGGCGCUCAGCCCAUCACUAACGCCGACAAUAGUAUCAUACUUACGGUAAACGGAGAGAUCUAUAACUACUUGAGCCUCAAGAAACUGUUGAACGAUCCGCAACCAUAUGUCACACAAUCGGACUGCGAAAUCAUUUUGCAUUUGUAUCGAGAGAUUGGCGAUAAAGUAGUUCAUCAUUUGGACGGACAGUUUGCGUUUGUUUUAUACGAUAAAGCAGCCGAUCGGUUGAUUGCGGCCAGGGAUCCAAUCGGUAUAACUACACUUUAUUAUGGCUACAACAGUACCGCUCCUCAAGAAAUCUAUUUUGCAUCUGAGAUGAAAUGUCUGAAUGAGACCUGCGAUCGCAUACUAUCAUUCCCGCCGGGACAUCUCUACGAUUCAACUACUGGCCAAUUUAAACGCUGGUUUGACCCGGACUGGUGGUCAGAGGAGCUCAUUCCCAGCGCACCCGUAGAUUAUACAAUACUGAAGCGCAAACUCGAGCAUUCAGUACGAAAACGAUUGAUGUCUGAAGUGCCGUACGGAGUACUGCUGUCCGGUGGUCUCGACUCGAGUCUUAUUGCGUCGAUAGCUGUGAGAGAGACCCGAAAGAUAGUGAAGAAACAUGAGGUUCAGGUGCGCACAGGUAGUGUCGACGAUGGGAAUAGCAGUAGUGAUGAAGUAACUAACAUAGAGUGGGGGCGCCUCCACUCUUUCUCUAUAGGAUUGCCAGGAUCUCCCGAUUUGUUGGCCGCCCGAGAAGUGUCUAAAUUUUUGAAGACUAGACACCAUGAAUACAACUUUACAAUACAAGAAGGUUUGGACUCCAUCUCCGAUGUCAUCUAUCAUUUGGAGACCUACGACGUGACAACAGUGAGGGCCAGUACUCCGAUGUAUUUAUUGUCGCGAAAGAUCAAAGCAAUUGGCGUUAAAAUGGUAUUGAGUGGCGAGGGAUCAGAUGAAAUAUUUGGCGGUUAUCUAUACUUUCAUAACGCACCCAAUGCUGAGGCAUUACAUCAGGAAACUGUGAAACGAGUGAAAAACUUGCACACAUCUGACUGUCUUCGGGCCAACAAAUCUACUCUGGCCUGGGGUCUGGAAGCUAGAGUACCAUUUCUCGAUACCAACUUCUUAAAGUUAGCCAUGAAUGUUGAUCCACAGUCUAAACUUUGUUCAUCGGAUAAGAUUGAAAAGUUUAUAUUGAGAAAGGCUUUUGACACGAGUCAUGACCCAACACUUGAGCCCUAUUUACCGGAUAAUAUACUUUGGCGACAAAAAGAGCAAUUCUCCGACGGUGUGGGCUAUUCGUGGAUUGAUUCGCUCAGAGAUGAAGCUGAAAGAAAGGUUACGGACGAAGACUUUGCUAAAAGUCAUGAUCGUUGGCCAGAAGACACACCGCAAACAAAGGAGGCGUAUUGGUAUCGAUCGGAGUUUGAGAAAUGGUUUCCAGAAAAGGCAUGUUUGGAAAGUGUGGUCCGUUGGGUGCCGAGGACUGACUGGGGCUGUUCUGCUGAUCCGUCUGGUCGGUCACAGAAAAUACAUAACGUAGCCUAUAAUAGUAUCUAAAUUUAAGGAUCGGGAUAUUAAGGACGGUUUUAUUAUUAGGAAAAUUAUUAUUAUUAUUAUUUGGUUUAUGACCCAUUUAUUUUUAAUUAUUAUUAGUGUUUAGUUUUAAUUAAAACAUUUAUCGGUGAUUUGUUUUUUGUUUUGUGUGUAUUUUUUAUUUAUUUAGUACAAGUAAUUUUGUAUUAUAAUUGUUUAAUGAUGA